AUGACUAAUAAUCAUCAACACAUAGGUAAGCCUGCAAUACCAGGAACAGAAAACAUGAGCAGUUCAAUGGAUUAUAAUACAAAGCGGAAAUCUGGUGAUCCUGGCAGUGAUAAUGAGACCAGUCCUGCGCUGAAACGGCGGAAGGUUUUUGGACCAGUGUUGCCAUUAUCAUAUGAUCUUGAGGACGCCGAAGCUGAACAGCGUGCUGAGAGUACCAGAACUGAUGGUCCCAGCCAGGAAGACGAAGAUGAAGACGAAGAUGAAGAGGCUGAUGAUGAUUAUGGUCCCAGCCUUCCCCCUUUAGGGGGUGACGUUACUGCAAAUCCCAAUAAGGUCGAGGUGGACACUGAGUCACAUAUACAGUCAGGAAAGCCAGACGCCCACAACAACAAUUCUCAGCGUGAUAUUUGGAUGUUGCGACCUCCAAGACCAUCGGAUUUGAGCUCGAGGCUUGAUCCGACUAGAUUGAAAAAUAGGAAGUUUCAAGGGGGGCAAUCGCUCAGUUAUUCAGGGGAAGAAGUGGAUAUAACUUGGACAGAAACUCCGCAGCAAAAGCUAAAGCGCUUGCAAGAUGAGGCCAUGGGGGUUUCGUCUCAACCUGUGCUCAGUCACGGUAGAUCAAGUACAUCAAUGGCGUCGAAAAGCCCACCGAGGCAGCAUGUAAGUCUCAGCGGAUACGCCAUUGAAGUCUGUACUAAAGAGCCUAUUCUGACGCCUUUCCAGAAUUCAUCAAAAGUGUCUGAAAUAUUGCCACCAUCCUCCACAAAUUCAUUGAUGUCCUCUUCCAAUGAUGACCCAAGUCGUCGUCCUUUCCGCUGGGCAACGGAUAUGGCCUCAGCGCCAAAGCUGUCUACUCUACAACAUCAGAAACAAGCGGGUGAAGCUGUCGACUUUGCUUCAAAAUUUACCAAAGGAAGAUACCUGUAG